UCUCUUUACAUCUGCUUCCAUUUAAUUUCCGCCUUUCUACAUUUCGCACUAUUAUUAUCCCUUUUUUAUUAUUAUUCAGCGCAUUCGCCCAAACAUUCGACCCUCGCAUUCGUUCGCAUUCUAACCACAGCUUCGCUUUAGACACAAGAUGGUUACGCGCUUGCUGUACGGAAAUCCAAUCGAGGAUGAAGUCAACCGCCUGACAGCCGAGGACGUCCCGAACCACGAGCUCGACAUCACUGGGGCAAUCGACUUUGCCGACAAGAUCCGCUCCAAAGAGUACAGCGCCAAAGAGGUGGCCCGCGUGCUGCGCAAGCGCAUGCAGUACCCGAACCCCAACGUGCAAAUUCUGGUACUCAGUCUGUCAGACAUCUGUGUGAAGAACGGCGGCCAGCUCGUGCAGCUCGAAAUAUCCAGGCGCGAGUUCAUCGACGACAUAGCAAACAUUUUGGAGACGCAAACCGGCCGCGCGUUCGAUCUGCGGAAGCUCGUUGUCAAGCUCAUCCAGGAAUGGGCGCUUCUCUUCCGCGGCAACGUCGAGAUGAGCUAUACAAAUGGCGUGUACGAGCGCUUGAAGCGGUCCGGUUAUAUUUUCCCCGAGCUCGAUGCUGCGACAUCGGGCGCGAUGAUUGACACUGCCAGCGCCCCGGAGUGGGAGGACAGCCCGGUGUGCCAGCGCUGCCGCACAUCGUUCACAUUCACAAACCGCAAGCACCACUGCCGCCACUGCGGAAAGUGCUUCUGCAAGGACUGCUCGUCCAACACAACGACCAUUCCAAAGUUUGCCAUCUACGACCCCGUCCGCGUGUGCCAUGGUUGCUAUCUCCGGCUAAAGAAGAUAGUUCCCGACUCCGAGAGCACGCCGACGGGCUCGACGGCUGCGCGUGGCGGCAGUCAGCAUAGGCCCCACAGGAGCAGCAUCAGUACUCCGGCCAGACCAGCCACAACCACCCCCGCAGUCGAUGACGCGGACGAGGAUCUGAAGCGAGCAAUUGAGCUCUCACUGCAAGAGACCCAGAAGCAGCCCAACUACGCCGACUACACACUGAAGCCCGUCUCUUCGGGAUACUCAGCGCCCGCCGCUAUCUCUGCCACGACUGCGCCUGCUCCUGCCGUGGUGUCAAAUGCCUCGGCGACCCGCUAUCCGAAUAUCACCCCCAGCGAGCCCUAUCCGCUUGUUAGAGCCCCUUCCAACAACAACCAGGUGGAGGACGAGGAUCCGGACCUUCUUGCGGCAAUCGAGGCAUCGCUGCGCGACAUACCGGGAAGCGGUGUUCCCGACUACCUUGCUCCAUCCAACACCUCAUACCCCUCGUUUUCGCAUACCGGUCACUACGCGUCGCCGCCGCCGGCAGUUAAAACUGGCACAUCCAUGACUGCGUUUAUGCCUGCUGCCGGCGCCGACGAGGACGACGACGUCAACCCGUUGAGCGCAGCGGAGAGGGAGAACGUCCAAAUAUUUGAGUCACUGCUGGCAAGGCUUCACGAAAGCAGGCAGGAUAUCAGCAACGACCCGCAGAUCCAGUACCUGUACGAAACCAUCGGGCAGAUUCACCCAAAGAUCACCGACGCUAUCGACAGGGUUGAUCAGAAGACCAGUGAGUUUAACAAGCUUCACGAUCGCAUCGUCACGGCGAUCAAAAUCUACGAUCAGCUUCUGGACAAGCGGCUGCGCCCGGCCUCCUAUGGUGCGCAGCACGCCGGGAUGUCAACCAAUGUACCGUCGUAUAUGCCAACCCAGCAGUCGAUGUAUCCGGCAGUUCCUGCUCAGCAAGCUACAUUCACUCCGCCUGCUCACCCGGGCCAUUAUCAGACACCGGGGUCUGAAAGCGCGUAUGGCCAGCAGAGGGCUGCUUCGCCGUACUACAUGCAGCAGCCGGACCAGCAGCCUCACGCGCCGACCUACCAGCAGUACAACCACCACCAGCAGCAGCAGCAGCCUCAGCCUCAGUUCCAGCAUCAGAAUCAACAGCCGCAGCCACAGCAGUUUGUCACUACUAACUCACACCCGUCUGCCAUCCCGGCGCAGACAUACUCUGGGUCACCCGGGUAUGCGCCCAAUCUUUUGUAUAUGCCUGUUUCCAACGUCAGCGCACCGUCGAGCAUAGGGGCUAUCCAGCAUGAGCAGCACAUCCAGCCGCAGCCCAUACAAGCGCCGUUGAUUGGUGUUUCUCCAGUUCACCAACAGAACGUUGCCAUGUCUCGCUCGCCGCCCAUGAAUCCGCACUUUGUUCCUCCGCCUGUUGUGCACAUGCCAAACAUCCCUGUUAUGCAGCCGUCUGCAGCGCACCAAGUUUCUGCGCCGCAAAUGCCACCGCAGAGCACAUUGGCACCUUCCCACGUGCAAUCGCCAGCGCUGGUGCCGGCUCCAGCCCUGGCCCCAGCUUCGGUGCCAGAACCUGAGGAGGUGAUGUUGAUCGAAUUUUGAUGUGUGUCGAAUCUUUUCAACUUUUUUCUUUUACACAUAAUAAUUUUUGUCAUAUUUUUUUUGUCGGAUGUGUAAUUGUAUUAAUUGUUUUUGUAUGUGCAAUGCCAAAUAAAACAAACAUGGAUGAAUUAAAA